AAACCGGAAACAAUACUGCUGUUGCUCUGAGUGGGCGUACGUCAGAGCAAGUGAAAAACUAAACUAAAUAUUGCGACUUUACAGUUAUUUUUGUCUAAUGCCAGCGUUUCUUUAGGACAAAUGAUGGAAACUGAAAACAGUACAGGAGAGCCGACCCACUUUGAGACCGUGGAGAUUGUGAAUGUCGACCGAAAAAAGGUGAAGAUUCCCCGCAGGACCAUCCACUUUGCCAACGGAGAUACCAUGGAGGAGUACAGCACUGAUGAGGAGGAGGAAGAGGAAGAACAAGUGAAAAAAGAAGUCAUUACAGUGGAUACGUCCAAACUGACCUGGGGUCCUUACUUCUGGUUCCAAAUGUGGAGAAUGGGCACCUCCACCAUCUCAGUGUGUGACUACAUGGGAGAGAAGCUGGCCUCUCUGUUUGGCAUCACCAGUCCUAAGUAUCAGUAUGCCAUUGAUGAGUACUACCGCAUAAAGAAGGAGGAGGAAGAGGAAGAAGAGGAGGA